AUGUCGUGGGAGCUGUUUUGUUUUCCUGACUGGAAACUACUUCACAUUGGCUUUACUUACAAUUACAUUCUGUUGAAUCUGAAGAAAGGGAGUUCUAAAAUUCAUUCUCUUCAUGACCGUUUAAUACCAUUAGUUAGUAGUAAACCGCUGAAUACAUGGGUAAAAUCGACAAUCCAUGCAGUUAGGCAUGCUAGUGCCGGAUUAAACACAAGCAAUCAACACAACAUCGCAAGGUGUAUCGACAAGGAAAGAGAAGCUCUGCUUAGGUUUAAACAAGGCAUACUUGAUCGAUGUGGACUGCUAACUUCAUGGGGAAGCCAACAAGGCAACCGAGACUGCUGCAAUUGGCCUGGUGUGCGAUGCAACAACCAGACUGGCCACAUUAUCGAGCUCGAUCUCCAUGGCAAUGGUUUCUUAAAUUUUAACGAUUACGACUGUCAUCUCGAAGGUAAGUUGAGUGAUUCCCUUGGUGAGCUUAAGCAUUUGAAGUACUUAGACCUCAGUUCUAAUAACUUCCUUGACCAACCUAUACCAGCUAUCAUUGGAUCCCUCUCCUACUUAGAACACCUUAACCUAUCUUGUGCCCAUUUUGCUGGGGAAAUACCCAAACAAUUAGGGAACCUUUCCCAUUUAACAUUUCUUGAUCUUAGUUAUAAUUUACACUUGUAUGCCAAUAGCUUGCAAUGGCUUUUUCAUCUAACUUUGCUCAAAGACCUUGAUUUGAGUAAUACCUACCUUUUAGAGACUAAUGAUUGGUUCCAAGCCAUAAACAGCCUGCCUUUCUUAAGGACACUUCACUUGGAUUUGUGUCUCCUUCCUUCUACAAUUCCUACACCAUUUUCUUUCAUUAAUUCUUCAUCCAACCUUGCUAUUUUCAGUCUUGCUAAUAAUUUCUUGAAUGAUUCUUUAAUAUUUGAAUGGUCCUAUUCCAAUUGCAUGCUCUUUACAUAUCUCGAUCUUUCUUAUAAUCAACUGAAAGGUCGAUUUUCCAAUGCAAUCGGAUACAAGCGUUCCCUUACUUAUCUCGAUCUAUCUCAUAACACACUGGAUAGAUUCAUUCCUCGUACAAUACGAAACCUUAAGUCUCUUUCAUACCUUCAGCUUUCUGACAAUUCAUUUUCAGGACCUAUUCCUAAUGAAAUCGGGAAUUUACAGUCUCUUAUUUACCUGAAAUUGUCCAACAACCUACUGUCAAAUUCUAUAUCUGAUGCGCUUCACAACCUUAAGUCUCUUGCGUAUCUUGAUCUUUCACACAAUUCAUUUUCGAGUAGUAUUCCAUCUUUUCUUGGGAACAUGUUAUCUCUCACAUCUUUAGACAUAUCACAUAACUUACUAAUCGGAGUUAUCCCUGUGUACCUAAUAAUUGCAUUGUAA